GAGCGAAGGAGGCUAGUGUGAGUGAGUGAGUCAGGUGUGUGAGUGAGUACUGGGGAGAGUGUGGGGUGAGUGAGUAAGAGGGACUGUGAGGGAGCAAGUGAGGUGUGAGUGAGCCCAUGGAAUGUAGGAUCUCACAUGACAAGGAGCGUGGUGGCUAGGAUGUGAUGGGUGAGAAGGGAAGUGGUAUGUGUGUGUGUGUGUGUGUGUGUGUGUGUGUGUGUGUGUGUGUGUGUGUGUGUGUGUGUGUGUGUGUGUGUGUGUGUGUGUGUGUGGGCUAACAGAGAUUGUCAGUCACGUGUAUGAGAGAGCGAGUGUGUUACAAGGACUGGAGGCGACUGGCAGUUGUAUUGUGGUCUGUGCGAGUGUUUGUGUUUCCCGUGCAGUGCAGCCGUGCAAGCUGUACAAAAAAGGCUGUUCUAAGCGCACUUCACUACUUCUACUUCCACCACAUCACUUCUACACAACUUGAGAAUGGCCACCAACAGGCCACACAACCACCCCGCCCACCGCCGCACUGUCCACCCCACGCCAAUCCCCUCCACCUCGGAGACAGAGCCGCUCUUACCUAGGGAGAGCCCGCCCCCUAGGUACUCCUCCAUCGAGCCCUCCUGGGAAGUGCCUCUCGACAACCCUGGACACACUGACAACCUGGCGAGCGCUCAUGUUCCACGCGCCCCCCAGAUCCCUGUGGCUUGUCCGGGGUGGUGGUCGUGGGUGCCGGGGCCAGCCCAGAUGUUCCCCCCAGGACUGGAGCACCUGGCGAAUGUUCAGAGUCUGCACAUCAGAAGGAAAGGGCGGCGGUACUGCGUGUGGCGCGCCGGUGAGGUGAUCUACACGGUGCGCAGGAUGAAGGACGCAGGCGGCAUGAUACUGUACCGCGUGCAGAACAACGCCAACCUGGAUGUGCUGCUGCUGAACUUCACCAAGGAGACUGAGGGGCUCUGUUCUCCCCCUGUCAUGCACGCGGAGGUGUCGUUCCCCCCUGGCAAUGUCAUGGGAGUGGUGCAAGGAAGUGUCUAUGAGUUCACCGCACACAACCCGUCCGGAGACCUGCUCUUCCUUCUUCACAGGGAGAACCCGACGUGUUUCAAGAAACCGGGAUACGUGGUGGAGACACGGGAGAUGCAGCCCCUUGGCAAAAUAGAGCGGGUGCGGAUCCCUGGGUGCUGCACCAGCCGAAGAGUCAUGGAGGUCAGCUUCCCCGGUGACCUUGACCUGCGAUGGAAGGCUCUGCUGCUGGCCGGCGCGAUAAUCAUUAGAUACGAGAGUUGGUGAGGAACAUACCGUUACUUAUAUGAGAAGUGUGAAGUUUGUGAGAAGGGAAAAAGGACAGAGGGACGGGGGAGGAGGUGGACGCCAGAGCGGGAUAUUGCUAAAAAGAUGGAGCCGAGAAGGAAGCGCAGUCUGUCAAGCAAGUCGGCAUGUGAAGAUCUGAGGCAGGUACUGGGAUGACACGAUGGACAACAGGAAGCAACAAGACCAUAUGGAGCCAACCUGUGUUAGAAAAAGUGCCACCAUUUCCCCGAGAACCUUACUAUAUACUUCGGGUCGAACUCGCAACCCAAAAUCAGUGAAUCGAGUACCGCACCACGAAACCCCUGGAGAGCUGCGAUGGAAUGUGACUGAAGAGAAAAGGCGCAACUGCAAACACCGAUGCAGCAGUAGAAUGAGAAGACAAAUCACAAAGACUUAAAACAAUAAUAAAAGGACUAUGAUAAAUAUGUAAAGUGAAAAUAAAGUAAUAAAGAGAACUUCACGAUGACGUAAGUUAACAUUAGAAGACGUGGGUAUUGUUGCUGCGAAACACUGAGCGAAGCAGCAAGUGAGGCGAUUACCUGGUCGAAGCGAUGUUGUGUUUGUACCUGUUGUCAUGUACGUAGCUGUCCGCUGUUUGUUUAAAAAAAAGCAUGAUAAAUGUGAACAUUUCAUAGGGCCAAUUUUCCCCCUUGGCUAAAAGAUCAGCCAAAUACAGGGAUAAAAUAGAUCCUAUAGUGUUCACAAGCUACGGGCAGGACACCGGGCUUCGUGACUGUCUGGGAGGUGAACUGUAUGGCCACUGCUAAUGUAUGUCACGAUGGAAUGAUUACCACAUUUUUUAAAGGAUAGGUUAGGUUUAUAAUAAUCAUCUAAAUUCCGAUGAGCACUGGAUGGCACGACACCAGCCACAAUCCCCACGGUGGUGGUCUUGUGCCGCCUUGCAACACUUCCAUACCUGUCUGUGAGAUGGUGAUGGCAGAGUGUUGGCCAGUUUCUCAGCAUGUUCGCCUGUCUGUAUGAUAUGUUUCAACUUUAUCUAUCAUAUACGUAUGUAUCAUAUCACUAUUAUCACAUAUCACAAUACCAUGAUAUAAUAGGUCAUGCUUGUUAUACGUAUGUACGUAGUAUCAUAGAGGAAUCUUUGAUCACAUUAUGUACUGUAAUUUUGUGCUGCCUUGUAGCCUUGGUGCGCGCGCGCACGCACGCACGCACGCACGCACACACACACACACACACACACACACACACACACACACACACACACACACACACACACACAUUUACACAUUGAAACGAUAAGAUAAGUCAGUAGCUCUCCGGUAAACUGCAUUCCUCCUCCAGCAGCCCCUACAGCUGCUGGCAUUCAGACCAAACUAAGAAACUAAACUAUUUUUUUUUCUACUUUUUUUGUUUCCCACACAAGACUCCCAUUUUCCUAACUAGCACCCUGAUAAUAUCACAACUACCAUGGAAUGUGACAAUAUCAUAACUGCCUCCUCAUCUAACGACAGACUAUUAGUGACAUCCCCGCACCAAACCUACGCUCCCCAAAUCCUCUGCUCGCUCCCCCUCCCCCGGACACUCUACUCCCUCACAAGUUCCCUGUCAGGCCCGCCCGAAUGCAGUGUACUGAAAUUCCUGAAGCAGCCACGAAAUGCAGUUGGAAUCAUAAGCAUCAACACCAUCAUCAUUGCCAUCAUUCAACAUAGUAAUUCCACAGCAAGACGAGACUCUCAUGAAUGUUAAGGGGACAAAAACAAGGGAAGGAGCAAUGACGUCCCUUGUCUCGACAGAUACAGCGGAGCGGUCAAGCCACCGCUGCUAAGCCUGCUGCCGCCACACUCCUAAUAAACAUACAUUAAACAUUAAAGGCAGGGCAAGGCGCCACGAUCACUCCUACCUCCCGUGCAUGGGAUUAUCACCUUGCACUACCACAUGUAACUCAAGGUCCACAGUUGGCAAUGGCAGCCACGCACCACGGCACCAGCUCUAUAAUAACCAACUAUAAUAACUAAUUAAUUAUGUGUCAUUUUUAUAUACCAAUGUACCUAUGCUGCAUCAUAAGAUAUUAUGAUUGUUUUGCUAUAAA